AGAAAGUACCCAAAAUCCCCUUGGGGAUAGGCUGUUCGCUGUUCCAUCACAGAAAUAAAAACAAGUUAAGGCGCGCUCGUCUUACUUUCAGUUUCAUAUUUUUGAAACAAGCUGACAGCUGUCUGGUGACGCAAGCAGAGGGGCGUGGCUUACAUUCUGUUACACGCCGCCAACUCAUGGCAGAGAGGCUGUGUGUUUCUGCUCGUCUCAUUCGCGUCUCUUCGCUCUGGCGGAAAAGCAAAACACGGUUCACUCCGCUCAUCUGCGACUCUUCCUACAAUGGAUGCAAGCGUUCUGAGUUUCUCUCUGACGUUUCUGACCGUGCUCGGCUUGGGCCGGUGUCUUCAAAGGAUAUAUUAUAUCGGGAUUCAGGAGGUGGACUGGAAUUACGCACCAAGCGGAAAGAAUCUAAUCAAUGGCCUGCAAAUCGACCAAGACGAGCAUGCCUCUAUAUUUCUGGACAGUGGUCCAGGAAGGAUUGGAAGGGUGUAUAAAAAAGCUGUGUAUAAGCAGUACACAAGUGAGACUUUCUCUACUGAGAUCCCCAAACCAGAGUGGCUGGGCUUCCUUGGACCUGUGAUCCGUGCAGAAGUGGGUGAUGACAUCGUAGUACACAUGAAAAACUUUGCAUCUCGACCAUAUUCAAUCCAUCCUCAUGGAGUCUUCUACAAGAAGGAUUCUGAAGGUGCAUUAUAUCCGGAUGGUACAUCUGGUCAAAAUAAAAAAGAUGAUUCUGUGGGUCCUGGUGAAAGCUAUACGUACACUUGGAAAGUGACAGAAGAGUUUGCCCCUACCAAAUCUGACCCCUCCUGCCUCACCUGGAUCUACCACUCCCAUGUCGAUGCACCUAAAGACAUUGCAUCAGGACUUAUUGGAGUUCUGCUCACCUGCAAUAAGGGGGUCCUAGACAACUCGGGAACUCGACGCUUUGAUGUGGAUCAGGAGUUCUUCCUGAUGUUCAGUGUGGUAGAUGAAAACCUGAGCUGGUACCUUAAAAACAACAUUGAGAGGUUCAUCCCUGAUGCUGUUAAUCUUAAAGACAAUGAAGAAUUUCAUGAGAGCAACCUCAUGCACGCAAUCAACGGUUAUGUUUUUGGUAACUUGCCACCGUUAAACGUGUGUGUCGGACGCAUUGUGUCUUGGCAUCUCUUCGGCAUUGGAAAUGAAGUGGAUAUUCAUUCUGCCUACUUCCAUGGCCACACUCUGCUUGACCGGGGUCACCGUACUGAUGUGCUCAGCCUAUUUCCUGCCACUUUUGUCACGGCAAAAAUGGUUCCCAUGACAACAGGAAAAUGGAUGUUAAGUUGCCAGGUUAAUGACCACAUGCAAGCAGGUAUGCAGGGCUUCUAUGAAGUGUCUUUAUGUGGGAAGGAUGAUGCAGCACCCACAGUGACUCCUGGCCAUGAGAGACAUUUCUAUAUCGCUGCUGAAGAGCAGAUUUGGAAUUAUGCCCCCUCUGGGAUCAAUCAAUUUACAAAUGAAAGGUUGGAUGAGAAAGAAAGUGAUGCUGCAGAAUUCUUCAGUAAAGAGGAAGGCAGGCUGGGCGGGAGCUACUGGAAAGUCAGGUACAUUGGAUACCGCGAUGACACGUUUACCACCAAGACUGAGCAACAUGGCUCAGAACAUCAUCUUGGCUUUCUGGGUCCAGUCAUUAGAGGAGAACCUGGAGAUGUUAUUGUAGUAACCUUUCGGAAUAUGGCAUCAAAAAACUACAGCAUGCAACCUCAUGGUCUGUCAUAUGAUAAACCUUAUGAAGGGGCCACAUAUCAGGAUGGUACUCAGAAAGCAGGGGCCAGUGUGGCCCCAGGUGAGACAUUUACAUAUCGAUGGCAGGUGAGAGAAGGCCCCUCGGACAGCGACCCACCCUGCCUGUCAUAUUUGUAUUACUCAGCUAGUGAUCCUGUCCGCGACACCAACUCUGGUUUGGUGGGACCGUUACAGGUGUGCAAGAAAGGAGUUCUGGAUGAGAGUGGUCGACAGCGUAUAGGGUCGGAGGUGCAGAAAGAGUUUUUCGUACUCUUCACUGUGAUCGACGAGAAUGAAAGCUGGUACCUGCAGAAGAAUAUUGAUGAGUUUGGUAGUGAUGAGUCAGACGUGGAAAACCAAAUAUUUCAGGAGAGCAACAAAAUGCACUGUGUAAACGGUUUCAUGUACGGGAAUCUUCCUGGCCUUGAUUUGUGUGAGGGGGACCAUGUUGUGUGGCACAUGCUGGGCUUGGGCACAGAGGUGGAUCUCCACGGCGUUUACUUCCAGGGAAACACUUUUCAGCGGGAGGGAACUACGCAAGACACACUCAGCCUGUUUCCUCACACCAGUGUCACCGUCUCCAUGAUACCAGACAACAAUGGUGUUUUUGGGCUGAGCUGUCGUACAACUGAUCACUACCGGGGUGGCAUGCUCCAGCUGUACACAGUCAAAAGCUGCACACCGAGCCAGAACCCUCAAUCGGAAGGUACGACCUUCCAACCUGAUGUGUAUUUCUACUUAGCUGCUGAAGAAGUGGUUUGGAACUACGCCCCAAACCGGACAUGGGAGUUGGAGAAACAUCACACGACUCUACAUGACAGCCCUGGAAAUGUUUUCCUCAGUAAAUCUGAGAACCGGAUUGGCCCUGAAUACAGAAAGGUGGUGUACCGUCAGUACACAGAUGACACCUUUGCAACCAAGAAGCCCAUAGGUCCUGAUGAAGAGCAUCUAGGCAUUCUGGGUCCCAUUCUCAGGAUGGAGGUUGGUGAGAGGGUCCAGGUUGUGUUUAAGAACAAAGCGAGAAGGCCAUAUUCAGUUCAUGCUCAUGGUGUGAAGACCAUUAAGAAACACCUGGAACCUGUUCCUCCAGGUAAUGUUAUAAGGUAUAACUGGACUAUCAGUUCAGGUCCUGGACACACUGAGCCCAACUGCAUAACCUUUGCUUAUUACUCGUCAGCUGACUACGUCAAGGAUUUGGCGAGUGGUCUGGUUGGACCAUUGGUAGUGUGUCGUAAAGGGACUCUAGACAAAGACAGAAGCCGAAGCGAUGUGGAUAAAGAAUUCGCUCUGCUCUUCAUGGUGUUUGAUGAGAACGAAUCCUGGUAUCUGGAGGACAAUAUAAAAACAUACCUGCGCAAGGACCCAGAAAUGUUUCACACACACGACGAGAAAUUUAUGGAGAGUAACAUGAUGCACGGUAUUAAUGGAAAGCUGUAUGCUAACCUGCAUGGAUUGAAGAUGCGGCAAGGAGAUCAGACUGAGUGGUAUUUAAUGGGGCUGGGAAACGAGAUUGACAUGCACACAGUACACUUUCAUGCUCAGAGCUUCAUAUACAAGAGCGAUCACCCCCACAGAGCUGACGUGUAUGACUUGUUCCCAGGAACAUUUAAGACUGUGGAACUGGUAGCUGGAACUCCUGGAACGUGGCUCCUUCACUGCCAUGUGACAGACCACAUCCAUGCCGGCAUGGAGACGACCUUCACCAUCGAUGCGGCAGAUUCAAAAGCAGAGAACCCUAAGGGAAAUGGCUGCACAUGUUUGCAGAGUUUUCCACGAAUGCUACUGUUCAUCACAGUUGCUUUCUGGCUCCAGUGACUCAGAAGAGAUGUUUAAAAUCGAUGUCAUUCCAAACUGUGGUUUCAACGAAGACGUGGGAGGCAGAAAAGUACACAACACAUGAAUGCACUAGACAUGAAGUCAUUUUUCUACAUUUAUGGAUACUUGGAAAGUUGACAAGGACAAGAGACUCAGGGAGAAUGCUUUAAGUAGUGUUUUUUUCCUAAGCAGGUUUACAGGUGUAGGUUUUGUUUUUUGUUUUUUUGUUAAUGAAUGAGAACAAAUAUGAACAGUGGCAUAGCCAGGAAUUCUGAGCUUUAUAGUUAAAUGAACUGUGGCGUGCUCGUGCAUUUUUGAAACAUAUCUACAAUGUUUUCAUGAACACUGAAAUGAUUAAGCAAGAACAAAUGACCAGACUGCUGUGGAUCUUGGAUUUAGACUUUAUUUCACAUAUCACAAGCUUGGGGCUGCACUGAAGUUGUUUGAUUAUGUUCCAGACACAAAAAGUGUUAAAUUAUGUUUGCUGACAAAUUACUCCAUCUUGUGUUCUCAUAUCUUCAGUAUUUUAAGUGCACGCAUAUUAUAUCUGUAUGCUCCGACGUUUACGUCCAGGUGUACGUUUACGUCCAGGUGUACAUUUCUACAAAAUGUAAACUGAUUACUCAAAAUAUCACUCAAGCAAGUCAACAUUUCUGUUUGCAUCCAAUUUUAUUUCCCUCUGCCUCUUUUCUUCCGAAGCCCAGCAGUGAAAAAACAAGUUAGGGAUACACUGUAAAACCGAGUACCUUCAAGAAUUUUAAGUUGAUAAAUCAAAUUCUUUAAGCCAAAUACACUUAAAUAUAGGGCUGCACAAUUAAUCGAAUAUCGAUCGCGAUUACAAUUUUGACUGCCCACGAUUAAAUGAACAUGAUCGACUUCGAUAUUAACGUUUAAAGUUCGUCCUCCGCUCAUAGAAAACUCCAGAUCAAAUCAAGCGCUUCUUACACUUACAGCCAAUCACCAUAGAGCGGCGCAGGGAUGACGUCAUUUUGUAGUGCCAAAACCCCGAAACGGAGUUAGGAUUUUAGCCCUCUAGCGGCCAUUUUCGCUUCGAGAAAUCACGACAUUAACAUGCUGCUGAAUGGCACUACAGAGGUUGUCGGGGACAUUAAACGUCAUCGCGCCGAACGGGAAAAAACUUUGCAGAUAAACUCAGGGCUCUACAGUGCGACCAUUUCACUCGCAUUUGUGACUGAAAAGUAUUUUGUGCGACUGUGAAUAAAUAUUUAUUCGCACCGGUGCGAGUGACCUGUGCAGAGAAUACAAUCGGAAUAAAAACUACAGGAAGUCCAAAAUGCAUCUACAGUUACUGUCACACUGCUUUUCAUCUCAGUCAACCGAACAAGUGUGUAAAUACUGCAGAGAAGCCAUUAUGCUGACAAGUAACUCUCUACAUCAUCCGCUUCAACUUCCCGAUCUCACAACCGCCAUCUUUUAUUGAUACCGCAAAAUGACCUGAUCCCGCUACUGUGAGCUGCUCGUGUAGAAACAGCGGCUCCGCGCGGAGUAAAUUAUUAAUAAUGCUAAUGCUACAAGGUGGGUUUAAUUCAAACUUCUUUAUUAAAAAAUUCCUCACCAAUCAUAAUCAAGAGUAGCAACUGUUCAGUCUGUAAACAUACAGGACACUGCCGCUCCCCUUCACUAACUCUAAUUCACUUCAUUUAAACUCACGGUUGCCAGAUAACACUAAAAAAGUCAACAUCAGUUGACAUGUUUUGAUUUAUCCCCCCCCAAAACACCCAAUUAUCAGCAGACAUGGAACACUGUACUGGGGAAACCCAUCUAAAACUGAUAAACAAAAAUAAAACUAUUAAAAUGUAAAAACAGAAAAUGUGCUUAAUUAUAAAUAAAUCACUUAAUAUAAAAAAAUAGAUAUAAUUUCAUAAAAUAUAAAUAAAAUGAGAAAUGAAAUAAUGUUUAAUUACUAUGGGAUGCAUUUAAUAUCAAUUUGACAUUAAGCUUAGUUCGCUAUUUCCUUAGAAAGCUAUUAGCCUUUUUCCUAAUAUGGAUCAUUUUUUGUGUUAGUCUACUCUUAAUUAGGAUUCUUUAUUGUUUUUAAGAUAUUUAAAAAUAAAUAUUUUAUGCUUGUUUAUUUAUCACUUAACCAACAGUAUCUCAUUACUAUUAUUUUAACUCAAUUAACAAUGACCACGAGCAGAGAGCUUACAUUUAACUGUUUAUGACCUCCUGAUUAAAGUUUAAACAAAAAAAGAUUGGUAUCUGGAUCGUAUUGUCUGUAAAAAUCCUGAUGGGAGCGUCAGUAAUGAACACCAUUAAACUAAAGCGCUUUACAUCUGACGGGUAAAUGAACUCACCCAAUCGCAUACUAUAUGAGAUUAUUCAGAUAUAUACACAAUAUACACAGAGCGGUUCGAGAACUGACUCCAGCCCAGAACCAUGACAGUGGAAAAUGUCUAAUAGUGUAGCUUUAAAUAUAUUUAAGAGGAGCAGACUUCAAAGACUGAACAUUGAUGUUUAUUGUAUUUCUUUACAAGGUGGAACAGGUUAACGUUUGUUUUUUGCAUACAGUCUGUAAAAUGAUCUGAAAAUAUUAAAUUUAGUUUAUCAGAAGGUAAAUUAAUGUGUCAUGGCUCACACUAUGUUCCUAAAUUCUGUCAUAAUUGACCAGCUGAAGUUUUCUCAUGCCUACUUGUGUAUUAUAUUGUGGCAUGAGAAAAUUUAAUAAAUGUGAAAGUGCAAUAAAAAUACGUUGUCACUAAAAUCAAUUAAUAAUCGUGAUAAAUAAUCGAGAUCUCAAUAUUGAUCAAAAUAAUCGGGAUUAUCAUUUUGGCCAUAAUCGUGCAGCCCUACUUAAAUAUAACAAAAAUGUAACUCAAGCUUUGUAAUUUAAGUGCAUUUGGCUUAAAGAAAUUGAUUUAUCAACUUAAAAUUUUUGAGGUAAUUGGUUUCCUCAAAUUUUUUGAGUUAAAUGAACUUAUCCGCUUUUACAGUGUACAUGUAAAAUUAUUAUUAUUAUUGGCAAGAAAGAUGAAAAAAUUCAGAGGUGAUGAGGAGGUUGACUGUUUGCACUUUGGCGUUGUAUCACAGUUAAAGAGAGGAUUAAUUCCAACAGUAAAAUAUUGGCCAUGAAAAUUUCUAUUCAACAUGUCGUAAAUGUACUUAUGAUGUGGUGAAUAGAAAAUUUCACUCACUAUAUAUAAUGAGUCUUUAUUAGUCACAUAUACAUUACAGCACAGUGAAAUUCUUUUCUUCGCAUACCACAGCAUGUUAGGAGGUUGGGGUCAGAGCGCAUGAUACGCCUCUAUAUAUAUAGAGAGAGAGAGAGAGAGAGAGAGAGAGAGCUGCAAAAUGCUAAUAAUUUUUCAAAACGGAUGUUUACAUAUAGUUCUCAAGACACAAUAAUGAGUGAAUUUACACAAAUGAACCAGUUCAAAAGUUUACACACGCUCGAUUCUUAAUCCUGUGUGUCGUUACCUGGAUGAUCAACGACAUGAUGUUUGUAUGUUUUGUGAUAGUUCUUCACGAGUCCAAUGUUUGUCCUGAGCAGUUAAACUGUCCACUGUUCUUCAGAAAAAUCCUCCAGGUCCUGUACAUUCUUUACUUUUCCAGCAUCUUCUGCAGAUUUGAGCCCUUUCCUUUUAACAGCGGCUAUAUGAUGUCGAGAUCCAUCUUUUCACACUGAGGACGACUGAGGGACUCGUCUCAUACACGACUAUUACAAAAGGUGCAAACAUUCACUGAUGCUCAAGAAGGCAACACGAUACAUUAAUUUUAUAUUUAUUUUUAUUUUUUAUUUUUUUAACCAGACGUCCUCCAUGUUUAUUAUAUAAUUCUCACUCGCUCCCCAAUGUGCGACCUGACAGGAUGGUAGAAAACAUAAACGCUGACCAUCACUCAGUGCUUUUUACUUCGGAAGUGUGCCGUUGUGACAAAACUGGUGGCAGUAGCGUUUCCAUUUUAAUUACAUGUAACGUGUUAAAGCACCCAUAUAUACUCCCUCAUAAACUCCUCACAUUUAGUAACCUGAACUCUGAGAGAUGGCAAUGCUUCCUGCUGCAUGUCAAUUGAGUAACUACAAACGUUCCAAAAUAAUAAUAAGAAGAAGAAGAAGAAGAAGAAGAAGAAGAAGAAGAAGAAUGUAACAGAAUAAAUGUCUUGCCUACAAGAGUACUCUGAUUUUUGAUUUCGUGAUCUGUAAUUCAUUAGGGAAGAGCUGAUGUCUCCAUGCCAACACACUUGUGUGUCUUAAACAUACUUGCAUGACAGAAGCUCCGCCCACACCGUGAGCAGUAAUGUGGCUUUCCUCCUGUGUGAGUACGCUGGUGUCGUCGGAGAUGACUCUGGUUACGGAAACUCUUCUCGCACUGCGAGCAGCGAUACGGCUUCUGUCCUGUGUGAGUGCGCUGGUGUUGUAGCAGGGCUUGUCGGUGCGUAAAACGUUUCCCGCACUCCGAACACUCGCACGGCUUCUCUCCUGUGUGAGUACGCUGGUGUAUCUGGAACGUGCUCAUGUGAGAGAAACUCUUUUCGCAGUGCGAGCACUGAUACGGCUUGUCUCCGGUGUGAACGCGCCCAUGUCGCCGCAGGGUGCUCUGGUGUGUAAAACUCUUCCCGCAGUGCGUACAGCAAUACGGCUUCUCUCCCGUGUGUAUGCGCUGGUGUGCUUGGAGAUAGCAUUGCUGAGUAAAACACUUGUUACAGCUUAAACACUGGUACGGCUUUUCCCUGUCGUGCGUGAGCUUGUGCUGUUGCAGAUGAGUCAGUUGAGAAAAACUCUUCGGGCAGUGCGGAUACUGAUACGGCUUCUCUCCUGUGUGGACGCGCCGGUGUAUUCGAAGAGCGCUCCGGUGAGCAAAACUCUUGGGACACACUCCGCAGCAGUACGGUUUCUCUCCUGUAUGGAUGCGCCGGUGAAUUCGGAGGUUGUCCUCUCGAUUAAAACUCUUCCCGCACUGCGAACACUGAUACGGCUUCUCGCCCGCGUGAAUGCGUUGAUGUGACUGAAGAUUGUUCUGUUGAGCGAAACUUUUCCCGCACUCGGAACACCGAUACGGCUUCUCUCCGGUGUGGACGCGCAUGUGUAUUUGGAAAUUACUCAGGUGAGAAAAACGUUUUUCACAAUUUGAGCAUUGGAAGACUUUUUUCUGAAGCUGGGUGCCAGAGGUGUUAAUGCAGAGAGUAGCAGAAGACGUUUGCUGACUAGUAGAGCUUGUUGUCUCGACUUUUUUCUGUGGCAUCUCCGAUUCUUCACAGUGGCAUCUCUUGAUGUGUUCGCUGAGGGAUGUUUCGGAUGUAUAUAAAAGCGGACACCAGGAGCAGGAGAAAACUUGCAACGGGGAAUUGCUCUUUUCUGGAACAGAGAGGGAAAUAAAGCAUUAGAAACACAAUGUGAAAUGAAGCAUGGUGGUGGCAGCAUCGGCUUUUCUUCAGCCAGAGCUGGGGCUUUUAUCAAGGUGGAGUGAAUCAGGAAUAGCUACAAAUAUCAGUUGAUCCUGCUAGUAAGCUGGAGAUGAAAAGGAAUUUCACCUUUUAGCACAACGUUGACCCUAUGGCUUAACCAAGAGAAGAUCAAUGUUUUUGAAUGACCUAGCCAGAGUCCAGACCUGAAUCCAACUAGAAAUCUGUGGGGUGACCUGAAGCAGGCUGUGCACAGAAGAAGCCCUCGGAAUUUGAUAGAAUGUUUUGAAAGAAACAUUGCAAGAAAGAGCAGAAAAACGUUGCAAAAAGACUCUUUUAUCCCGUAAAAAAAGUUUUUGAUUGUUUUUUUUUUUUUCAAUUUAUUUGUAUACUUUGCAAUUUUACAUUAAACGUGGGAAAAGAUCUGA